CGACACAAUCAUUGGGGGGGGGGGAAUAUGCGCGCGCAGUGAUAGAAGCCGCAGACGACGGCACCGGCACCCGUCGUUCUGCCACGAGUGGACCCGAAAGUGUCGAACGAAAGAGGGAGGAGAAAGGCAGAAAGAGAAAGAGACAGGGCGCUCGGGAUUUCCGCGUGGAAGGGGUGAACUAUACUGGGGACGAGAGGAGAGGAGAGAGAGCAACAGCGUAAGCGACUAGCGCGCGCUGUUGGUGUGUGUCGGUCGGUCGGUCGGUCGUCGCCGCCAUGCUAGUGGUUAGUUUAGUGAACCAAACAUCAUGAUGUGGCAAAACGUUCGCACGAGUUAAGACUGAAGUAACGCCGCGUUACCGGCGCGUCGUCCGUUAUGUUAUCCAUAAUAACUCACGACGUUCGAUAACCGUAAACACGUAACGUGAAAAGUACAAAAGGGCUUCGGUUAAAAAGCUUUCACACACACGGCGGGGACAGCGGCGACACGAGAGAGAGAGGGAGAGAGAGAACACGAACGUCCCCGGGGGUGCUCGAUAUUCCCUGCGUACGGGAAUACACACAACAAUAGAACGCACCGUCUCGAAAUUCCUCACCGAUGUAAAUUAAAACUCGAAUCCGUAGAUUCCGAGGGAUACGUUACGGAAUACAAGUUUCGUGUUCACGGUACACGUUGGGAGUGACGAGUGCCAACGAUCAGCCUCCAUCGCGCGGCAAGGAGACUAUCACGAUACGUAUACACGAUGCUGGAUCCGAGCGUACUGACGGAUUUAGAGGAACUGACGCUUUGCAGUUACUGCAAGCAGAAGUACAACGACGCGGAACAAUGCCCGAAAUACCUUAGCUGCAAACAUUACUUCUGCCUGCGGUGCAUAGAGAACAAUCUGUUGAAAGGACGGGAGCUGUUCUGCGCGCACUGUUGGAAGCGAACGGACCUCGGGGACCAAGGGCCCGACGCGUUGCCGACCCAUUCGUCUCUCCUUGCCCUGGCGAACAAUCUGUCCCAUUUGAAGAUCACGACGAACAACACGUCCGGGAAGACCAACGACAAGGAGAGAAAGAGUGAGAAUUGCCACACGCACGGAAUGCCGUUGGCGUUAUGGUGCGCGACGUGCUGCACGGCGCUGUGCAGGGCAUGUGCGACACCACAGGAACAUCCGGCCCAUCAGAUUAAAUCGCAAACCGAUGCCAAAGAACAACUCAUAUCCGACGUUCAAUUGGAGCUAGUUGCUAUGGGGAAGCUGUCGACGGAAAUCCAAAGACUGGCGAUGCAGCAACGUGAAUUCCUGAUAAAAGUGCUGGAAGCUUGCGUGACGUUGAAAACGCACGUCGAGACGGAUCUGCAGAACGGCUGGAGCCACUUUCCCGAGAUAACGGACGCGCGUGAAACGCUCGGCAAAGCGAAGGCCAGCCUGCAGAUGAUCGAGAGCCCGAGCGACGUGUACAGUUUGCACUCGCAGCUGAUCAUCGAGAAACAGAGAUUACAGUCGAAGUACCAAGAGAUGAUGCUACAGUGCCAGCUGGACGAUCUGAUCGGGAACUCAGGUGUGGUGUUCGAUUUCGCGCUGCUGAAACAAGCUCUGGCCGGUAUUCACACUGGCGAACCGAUCGUCUCGCAAGGGGCUAGCAACGGGGGCCGUUUACCGAAUCAUUUGGCGGCCUCGCAAAACCCGAUACUGUUCCUCGCGAAUUAUUGCAUGUCGCAGCUGUACUCGAGGCACGUGGUCAGCAAGCAACACAUGCAGAACGGCUCCAUAGAGUAUCAUUCGAGCAUGAUGCAGCCCCAACAAGUGCCGCCGGGUUCCGUUCACGUGCACCAAGGCCCACCGCCGCCGGUGACGCAGCAGCAACUACUAAUCCCGCCUGGCUCGCCGUCCGUUAAAUCGGUUCCGCCCGCGCCACCGAACGCCAUGCUGCAUCAGCAACAACAAUCGACCUUCAUACCGGACGGAGUCGGCUCCGGCGGCGGCGGUCUGGUCACCGUCCAUACGUCCACGCAACCACCGUCCAGCGGUAUAGCCGGCUCGCUUCGCGGACCGGGGAACCCCUAUCCCCUCUAUUAUUUCAACAUCGAGGUGAACGGAUCGCCGCACGGCCGUAUUGUGAUAGAAGUGAGGCCAGACGCAGCCCCGAAGAUGGCCAAGAAUUUCAGCGUACUGGCGACCGGCGAGGUCGGGGUCGGUUACAAAGGGUGCACGAUCUUUCAGUGCUGGGAGGGCGAGUCCGUGAUCACCGGUGACUUCGAGCUGAACAACGGCCGAGGCGGACGUAGCAUAUUCGAGGACGGUUACUUCAUGCCGGACGACACCAAGUUCCCGGCGGUUCGCGGCGCGGUUGGGAUGCGCCGUACGCAGAAACGACACGACAAUCUGGGAAUGGUCGGCUCGCAGUUUCGUAUAAUACUGCAAGAGAUGCGCGGUUUCACCGGGAUCUUCGGUCACGUGGUCGAGGGUCUGGAGCUGGUCGAGAAGAUAUCCACGUUCGGCGAUCAGACCGGCAAGCCUACGAAGAAUAUUCUAAUAACGAAAUGCGGUAAAUUGUAACGACAGCAACGCUAUCGCGGUUAGUAUACACCGACGGGCACGCGUCAUCGAGCAGUGCCCCGUAUACUUCACGUUUCACCCGUUCUAGAUAACUGAAAAAAAUUUUUGUCCGAGUCGCGAGAUUAUUGGGGGGGUGGGGGGCGGUGUCAUCCUGAUGAACCCUUACGUUCGAGAUGGGGAUCUAGGUACGUUUUAAGCGAAAUGAAAAGAAAAAUCAUGUAUA